AACACCAACACACCGGGGCGAAGCUCCGGUGAUCGUCUCCAGUAACGCACCGGAGGACGCGCGCGCCAUGGCGCAGGCCAACAUCUCGGUGACGGAGAGCCAGUUCCGCUGCCCCAUCUGCCUGGACAUCCUCAAGGACCCGGCGUCCAUCCCCUGCGGACACACCUACUGCAUGGCGUGCAUCAGCGACUACUGGGACCAGGCGGAGGGGGCCCACUUCAGCUGCCCGCAGUGCCGCGAGGCGUUCAGCCCGCGGCCGGUGCUGCGCAGGAACACGGUGCUGGCGGAGGUCGUGGACAAGCUGAAGCUGAGCGAGAUGGUGACGGCCCCGGAGCUCUACCUGGGGGGCGUCGGCGAGGUCCCGUGCGACUUCUGCCCGGCGGAGGGCCGGCUGAGGGCGCACAAGUCGUGCCUGGUGUGCCUGGCGUCCUUCUGCGAGCUGCACGUCCUGCCGCACCGGGAGGUGGGCACGCUGCGCCGCCACAAGCUGGUGGCGGCGGUGGAGAGCCUGGCGGAGCGCCUGUGCGCGCAGCACCGCCUGGGGCUGGAGCCGGCCGGCGGGGGCUCCGAGGCCGAGGCCGCCGGGGAGUGGAGCGGGGACUGCCUGCUGUGCGAGGCCGACCAGGAGGAGCUGCACGGCGCGGACGCGCAGCGCGCCCGGAGACAGCUGCAGCUUCAGGAGUCUCAGAGGAUGGUCCAGGAGAGGAUACACACCGGAGAGCGAGAGCUGGAGGAGUUUCAGCAAAGCUUGGAGUCACUUAAGGUGUCGGCGUCGGCCGUCGCUGAGGACAGUGAAGCUCUGUUUGCGGAUAUGAGUCUGUGCCUGGAGAAAACCAAGGCCGAGGUUCGAGCCCGGCUGGAGGCGAAGGAGCGGGCGGUGGUGGGGCGAGCCGAGCGAGACAUCGAGCUGCUGGAGAGAGACCUGGAGGAGCUGAGGAUGAGAGACGAGGAGAUCAGCCAGCUGCUGCAGACCGAAGACAACGCUCACUUCCUGCAGGCGGCGCCGCUGCUCUGCGUCCCCCUCUCCGCCGGCCGGCACUCCCGGGCCCUCAGCCUGCCGGCCGAGGCCUUCAGCGCCGCCCGCCGGGCGCUGUGCCACCUCCGCAGCCACAUGGAGGAGGUCUGCAGGGAGGAGGUGGACAAGAUCAGCCGUGCAGUUAACGAGAACUACGUAUCUGCUGGAGAGUGUGUGAAAGGUGGACAAAAUGACAGUGAGGAGAACUCCAAACCUCAGCAGACACGAGCUUCACUGUCUGCUGGGCAUCCGGCCAACAGGGCCGUGCCAGUGUCCUUCCCCUUGUCCUCUCUGUCUCUGCAGCCGGCCGAUCAGAGGAUGAGGGCGGUUUUCCUCAGGUUUUCGUCCCGUCUGUCCUUGGACCCAGAUACAGCCCAUCCCACCCUGGUCCUCCUGGAGGGCCCCCAGGCAGCCCAUUGCGGUGAGGAACCGCAGUCCUACCCCCCUCACCCUCAUCGCUUCGACUCAGUGGCACAAGUCCUGUGCAGGGAGGGUCAGUUUGGCAGCGCCAGCUACUGGGAGGUGGAGUGGAGCGGCGGCGGGUGGGUCGACAUUGGCGUCACCUACCGGGGCAUCGGUCGCAAAGGUGGCGGGAAGCCCUGCCUCCUCGGGCGCAACGAGAACUCGUGGCGGCUGAGGUGUACCCACGCCGGAUACGCCGCGUGGCACGAUAACCGCAAGACCACGGUGGCGGCGCCACCCUGCCCUAGGAUCGGCGUGUUCCUGGAGCGCCACAAAGGAACCCUGUCUUUCUACAGCGUGUCGGACUCGGUGGUGCUGCUGCAUACGUUCAGAUGUCCGUUCUCUCAGCCGCUGUACCCGGCCUUCCGACUGGACCUGGACUCCACCCUGGUCAUCUGCCCCCGUGACGGAGGCAACGGAAAUCCCACUUGAAGACGCGUCACUCAUGGCCUGAAGAAGCCACUCAUGGCUUCGUUUGCCUGAUGGACAUAGACUCUGGAAUCUGAGGUUGAAGGACUGCAGGCGCUGAGCAGCAACAUCAGGAAGAAACAACACUAUCAGUAACCAAAUGCUUCUCUUCUCCAUCUGUCUGUCUUCUGUCAGUGGAACUGCCUUAACUGCUACUAACAUAUCACUGUCAGGGUUUUCUGGACUGGGAAUGUAUUUUACAAAGUAUGAUUUUUUUUUUUUUUUUUUUUUUUACAGCCGACGCUGUAAAACUUCAGAAAAACAUGACUUUGUAGCAA